CUUGACUACUGAGAACUGAGGAAUCCAUUUGGAUUAAUACAAACUGCCUUAACGGCCAUGGUGAUAGCGCAUGUUGCUGGAACACCAUUGUCUUCAUCUUCCUUUGCAUGCAAAAAUCAGCCCAUUUCUUCUUCUGUCCCACAACUUCAGAAAAUCUCUGCAUCUGCCCCUUCAUCAGCAUCAUCAAGAACAGCUACAAGAAGAAGAGCUUUAUCUGUUUUUGUACUCACCACAUCACUCUCAGGCUUAAUACAACAAUUGUCACUUGACAAUUCUUCAACUUCUUGGUCCAAACCCACAGGGCAGAAUUUUGUAGAGCUUCCCAAUUCAGGUGGGGUCAAAGCCUUGGACCUUCGCUUUGGUGAUGGAGCAAUUCCUGCUGAUGGUGAUAAGGUUGCAAUUCAUUACUAUGGAAGGUUAGCAGCAAAACAAGGAUGGCGAUUUGAUUCUACAUAUGACCACAAAGAUGCGACAGGCGAACCAAUUCCUUUUGAGUUCAUCCUUGGUUCAGGAAAAGUCAUAUCUGGAAUCGAAUCAGCAGUCAGAUCAAUGAACGUGGGAGGCAUUCGUCGUAUCAUUAUUCCACCAUCUGAAGGAUAUCAGAGCACAUCUCAAGAACCCAUUCCACCUAAUUUUUUUGAUAGGCAGAGGCUCUUUACUACCAUUUUCAAUCCAACUCGUCUUGCCAACGGAGAAGGAUCAACAUUGGGGACCCUAAUAUUCGAUAUAGAGUUGGUCAGCUUAAGACACUGAUAUUUAGGUUGCCUGCAGCUACAAUUUUCAGCUGAAGCAGGAAGUGCAAAAGGAAUAGAAUACAGAUGGUGAUCUAUGUCACCUUCUAUCUACUGUGAUUGGUAUUACCAGUCAUAGCAAGAUAAAAAAUGUAUUCACAUUCUUACAUGAAGGAGUGAGCACAAAGAUCCUGUUUUUUUGCAUUAUCUUGAUAUGACUUAACUGCUUUGGAACUGCCUGAUUUUCUUGUUUUAAUGGAAAUUUUCAUGCUAAAAGUAUGCAUGGCUAUCAAUUCUACAACUACCAUGUUGCUUAUUUAUGCUUUCAAUGGGACAACAAAAACUUAAAGGGAGUUCUUCAAAUUUUAUGCAGUUGUUCUUUGACUUUUGCUGAAGUAUUGUAAAGUUUAGAUCAUUUUUCUUGCAGAAUUUGACUACCUGCUGACAGAUAGAGUGAAAAAAUUGACUGCAUAUCAAUUUGAAAAGAAGGAAUUUUAGCAUGAGAUGAGUUGACAGAGUUGACUGAGCCUAAGUAAACCUGAGCAGCUGCAACAUCUGGAAUAAGGAUCUUUUCACUUGCUUGAAGUUAAUGAAAAAGUUGUCAGUGAGCGAUCCUAGCCUACAGAAACAUAUGUAAGAAUACAAGUUGUUUACUUUCAGCGAUUGGCAAUUUGUUGCUUGGAGUACAAGAUAGUAGUUUCCGUUACUCAUUUCAUUUUGCUUCCGGUGUUUCUCAAUACAUUUUGGGUUCGGUAGUUGACUUGAAAGAAUUCUAAGAUAUUGUUACCUGGGUUUUACAGAGUUGGUGAUAGAUUAAUUUUGAUAAAAAA